AACAACGUGAGAUUUGAAGCGCUAGCCUCCAAACUCUCUACUCUACGGUCCAUCACGGAAGAAAUCCACCAUGAUUCCCACCAGGAUGCCAAUUUGCUCGACAACCUCUCGAACCAGAUGAACUCGUUGGUAACCAACAUCAAGGCGUCCUCCACAAAGCUCUCCAGACUCUUUUCGUCCAACACCUCAAUGGUGAAAAUGGUGGGCAUAGCGCUCUUUUUCUUCUUCCUUGUAUACACGCUCUACAAGCUCUUCUAA